AUGGAGAAGAUCACUUCUCGGCUAUCCACCAACAUGAACCCUUCGUCGGACAAGCAGUCUGAGCCUGAGCGGCAUGCUAGUCCACUUGGUGGUGGUUAUCCGCCUGCUGAAUCUUCAAGCAUUAGAAUGGAAGUCGUCGAUGAUCAGAUAUUCUCUAUGAGUGACAUUGAUCCAAUUCUUGAUGCCAAAAUGCGCCUUGUGAACCAGACCAUGGAUGAGAUAGGGUGGACCAACUUCCAUCUCAAGUUGUUCUUCCUCAACGGUUUUGGAUACGCUGCUGAUUCUCUGAUACUCGCCCUUCAAGCCGUGACUGCCAGUCAAGCUGCUCUUGAGUUCAGUCCGUCCUUUGCGUAUGCUCUCAAUGUAUCUGUGUAUACAGGAAUGUUGGUUGGAGUGCUGUUCUGGGGACUAGGUGCCGAUGUCAUAGGUCGACGUUUUGCGUUCAAUGUUUCCAUCUUCUGCUCGUCCAUAUUUGCCAUCAUUGCCGGGGCAUCGCCCAACUGGAUCGUCCUUGCGACAUUUGUUGGCCUAGCUGCAUUCUUUGCUGGCGGUAAUCUCGUCUUGGACACGACCGUCUUUCUAGAGUUCCUUCCUGGCAACAAGCAAUGGCUGAUUACGCUUAUGGCCUGCUGGUGGGGUCUCGCAUAUGUGAUUGUUGCAGCCUUUUGUUGGCCAAUCUUCUCGACCCCAAGCCUUACCUGCGCAGUCUCUGACGGCUGCAUCAAAAAGAAUAACAUGGGCUGGCGAUAUGUCUGGUAUGGCAAUGGAGCACUUGUCCUCAUCUGCAGCAUUCUGCGAGUCACGGUGAUCCGACUUACGGAAACUCCUAAAUAUCUUCUUACCAAAAACCAAGACGCUGCUGUGGUAGAAGUCUUCCAGAAUCUCGCGAACAAAUACCAACGACCGUGCAGUCUGACUAUCGAGGGAUUGCAGUCUCUUGGAACCAUCGAAUCUACUUAUGGUAAAGCAAGGUAUGGUCUUGGUGAGUUCUGGGCACAUAUACGCGGGUUGUUCGCAACCAAACAGCUGGGCAUCUCUACUAUUAUGAUAUGGGCUUCAUGGACUCUCAUUGGUCUGGCAUAUCCACUAUUCUACGUCUUCCUCCCUGACUAUCUUGCUACACGCGGUGCUCAGACCGGGCAGUCUGGUCCUUACUAUCAGUGGAGGAACUAUAUGCUCAGCAGUAUCGCUGGAGUGUUUGGACCCGUCGCUGCCGGGUUCAUGUGCAACCUGAAGCCGCUGGGCCGGAAGUAUACCAUGGCAAUCGGUGCUAUUGUUACUAUGGCCUUUUUCUUUGCUUACACUGCUGUGCGCACCUCGGCUGAAAAUGUCGGGUUCAGCUGCGCCAUCUCUUUUUCGCUGAAUAUCUACUAUGGUACUCUAUACGCGUACACUCCUGAGUCACUACCGUCGGCCCAUCGUGCAACAGGCAAUGGCAUAGGCGUAGCAUGCAACCGAGUCAUGGGGUUAGUCUCCUCAUUCGUUGCCGCCUACGGUAACACGUCGUCAUCUGUGCCGAUCUACGCUGUUGUCGCAGUCAUGCUGCCAUUUGAGCCCUAUGGGAAGCGAGCUAUGUAG